UAACUGGUCGUCUGCCUGGCAGGUAAAUAUUACACACCGGGCAUGCUAGCUGUGGCCAUCUCCGACACGACUAAAGGACAGAAACUCCGGACUAACUGGAGCAAAGAUGAAACCCCAUGCUUUACUGAGAAUAUUAAGUUUUAGACAUCAGACUGUGAGCCUGUAGCCAUGGAUGGACAUGCUGCCAAAACCAAUGAAAGCACCUUCCCCAGCUUUGUGGAUCUGGAUAAUUUCCUUACCAAGCAUGAUUCCAACUUCAUCUGGCUUCUUGUUGCCACCAUUCUGUCCUGUGGAUGGAUUAUCUAUUUAACUUAUUACAACUCACGCAACAUUGGCCUCAUUCUCACCCUCAUCAUCAACAGACUCUACAAGGAUGGCUACAUUCACAUCGGCUCCUUCUCCUUCUCUGUGCUGUCAGGGAAGGUCAUGUUCAGAGAUGUCUACUACAUCAACCAAGACAUGUCUAUCAGGAUACAGGACGGCUUUCUCAUAUUUCGUUGGUGGAAAAUGUAUAAUCCAAAACAGAAACAACAUGAUCCCAAGGCAGAGACGAGGCUUUACGUGACUGUCAAUGGCUUUGAGUUCCAUGUCUAUAACCGGACUGACCUCUACGCACGACUGCAGGAGACCUUUGGACUGGAACCCACGCUUCAAAGGCCCAAAAAAGAUGAAGAGAGGGGGCGAGAGGACAGAAACAAGACACUGGAAAGUGUCAACAUUAAAGCUGAAAGUCAGGAUCCGUCAUCAUCUUGGCGGUCCCUCAUUCCCGUCAUCAAAGUUAACAUCAGCACUGGUCGCUUGGCAUUUGGGAACCACUACCUCCCACAGACUCUGUGCAUGAACUUUGAGGACGCCUGCCUGACGUAUGCCACCAAACCUCCCUCCAGCCACUUGGACCAGUACAUGCACAUUGUCAAAGGCUCACUGGAGAAUGUGCGGGUCAUGCUGGUUCCCAGUCCUCGCUACCUGGGCAUGCAGAAUGAUGAACCCCCCAGACUGAUGGGAGAGGGCUUUGUUGUGAUGCAGUCCAAUGAUGUUGACAUCUACUAUUACCAAGAUGAACCAGGUCUGGUUCCUGUGGAGCAGGAGAGUGGCGAGGAAGCAGAGACGAGCAGUGAGGAUGAUAAGCUGCAGGACCUGCCUCCUUGCUGGGGUCUGGACAUCGUCUGUGGGAAAGGAACUGACUUCAACUAUGGGCCCUGGGCAGACCGCCAGAGGGACUGUCUGUGGAAGUUCUUCCUGCCUGCAGACUACCAGGCCAUGAAGGCAACUGAGGUUGCACAGCCAGGAAAACCCAGGCAGAUCCAGGCCUUCGAGCUUCGCAUGAACAUCAUUGCUGACGCCACCAUCGAUCUGCUUUUCACCAAAAACAGGGAAACCAAUGCCAUUCAUGUGAAUGUAGGUGCAGGCUCUUACCUGGAAGUCAACAUCCCCAUGACUGUGGGAGAGAAUGGCUACUCUCCCACCAUCAAAGGUCAGCUGCUUCAUGUGGACACCACCAGCAGCAUGCAGUACAGGACCCUUCUGGAGGCUGAGAUGUUGGCUUUCCAUGUGAUAGCCAGCUACCCCCGGGUAUGGAACAUGCCCCAGUCGUGGCAGUGUGAGAUUGAAGUGUACAAAGCCACGUACCAUUUCAUCUACGCCCAGAAAAGCUUCUUCACUGAUUUGAUCCAGGAUUGGGCGAGUGACAGCGCCCCUGACAUCUACUCGUUCGUGCCGUAUUCCUGGAAGUUCAAGAUCCUUUUCCACCAGUUUGAGAUGAUCUGGGCAGCAAACCAACACAACUGGAUUGACUGUUCCACCAAACAGCAGGAGAAUGUCUACCUAGCAGCCUGCGGCGAGACGCUCAAUAUAGACUUCACUUUGCCUUUCAAUGAGUUUGUUCCAACCACCUGCCAUACCCGCUUCAGCUUAAAGGCGGAAGAUACAGACAUGCGACUUUCCCUGCCAGAGUGCCAUCCGAGCCGCUGCCCCCUCCUCACCCUGGCCAAAGACUACCAGAACAUGAAGCUGCCGCCAGACAUGUUCAUGCCAGGGGAGAAUCAAGGAGCUCCCCCUCCGAAACCCGCCAAGUCGAGGUGGAGGAACAUCACCCGUGCAGAAUCUGGUUGGGUAGAUUGCUGGAGUGUGCCCAACUUUUUGCUUAUCAUUGACUACACCUGGCACCCCAUUUAUCCCCAGAAGGCUGAUGAGCAACUCAAACAGUCAUUUUCUGAGAUGGAGGAAUCCAUGCUAUCGGCCUUGCGGCCCCCAGAACACACCUCAGUGGCUCACACAUCUGCUUCAGCUGCCCACAGUCGGGCAACCACUGACCCCUCAGAGCUGCCCCCUGACAGACUUCAUGUGGAAAUGGAAAUGUCACCAGAUUCUCAAAUAAUUCUCUAUGGGCCUUUGCUCCGAGCUCUGAUUUCCAUCAAGGAAAAUUAUUUUGGCGAGGAUGACAUGUACACAGACUUCGAGGAAGCCGUGUCGAGCCCUGUGUUGUCCACUUCUACUUCCUCGGGCCUUGGCUGGUCUCCUCUGGGAAUGGAGGACAGCGAACAUAAAGAAACCUCAGACAUCCAUCCCCUUGACCUGCGGCCCUGGGACAUCACCGUGCUCAUUAACCUCUACAAAGUUCACGGCCGGCUGCCAGUGCACUGCAGCAGCGAGGGUCCCGAAGCUCCAUCCGGCUUCUUGGAGCGGCUGUGUUUUGAGAUGAAAAAGGGCUACAAGGAGACAAAGCUUCAGCUGCUCCUGUCCCCCGUUCACAUCUUUGUCAGUGACAACUACCAGCGUCCCACAGCUGAUGGGGUGUUGAGAGACGGCCACCUGAGUCUGUCUGGCCUGCAGAUGAGGGCCCACGCCAUGUUCUCCGCUCAGGGCCUUCCUCUGGGCAGUGACACACUGGAGUAUGCCUGGCUUAUUGAUAUGCAGGCUGGGGGUCUCACCGGCAGGGUCACUGUUCCACAGGUGGCCAGCAUUAUUGAGUGGGCAAAGACUUUCCUUUUCCACGUGUUCUCCCGAGAGUUCCAGCUAGAACAACCCAAGCCCUCUGUCAUCUGCCAGCACGGUGUUGAUCGUCGCAUCUGCGAUGCCAAGUUGAGCUGCCUCCCUGGUCACUGUCGCACAUCCGAGGACCUGAAGUACACCAUGACACGCCUGGCCAUGGAUGGAGUUGACCUCUUCAUUGUGGAGCAUGGCUGUGCUGCUAGUAUCAAGACGGGCAUUAUUCGUGUAGCCAACUGUAACCUGCACAACCAGGCAGUGGGCGAGGGCAUCAGCGCCGUGGUGCAGGAUGUAAACAUCCGGCAGUACAUUGAACAACAGCACGCUGAAGUGACCAGGCUGCAGCCGGCUGGACAGGGUCAAGGUCCGGGUCAGCCGUUAGGUCUCGGUCAGCCACCUUUGCUGCGACGUUCUGUCUGGCUGGAGGCGGGUGCAGUCAACCUGAACCUCAUCACGGCAGAUAUUGCCCUGGCUGCUGACCACCCAGCCAAAUGUGAAGUGCAGAGGCAAUUUCUGGAACUGCACGAUGCUCAGACCAAAAGACUCUGGUUCCUGUGGCCAGAGGAUGCCAGCAUUCGGAACAAGCGAAGCAGGAACCGCUGUGGCUGCCUCGGUGGCUGCAGGUUCUUUGGAGGUACCAACAUGGGGCUGGACUUCUUCAAGCUAGAAGAUCUGACGCCCUCCUCCUCAGCUGCGUUCUCUUCAUCCAGCGCCGAGUCAGACAUGUGUUAUGGCCAAUCUUUGCUACAGCCUGGGGAGUGUAUCAUUGCAAAGGAAACACCCAAAGUGGAUGGAGGGAAGGCUGUAGGACUGAAAACAGACACACACUCCCCUUGUCUGCCUCCUGAGCUGCCUGAGAGACAUGGUCAGCAACACCUGAGUCUCCAGGUGCCCCAACGAUCCCACAGCUCGGCCUCUUCCUCUGAAGAAAACAGCUCCUCCAGUGCUGCCUUACCCUUACUUGCAGGAGAGAGAGAUUCCCCCUCGCCAAGCACAGAGGAACGCGUGUUCCCCAUGAAUGGCAAAAGCCCUGCUGACACCCUAGGGGAAGUCCCAGAAGUAUCACCGGUCUCACCCAACAGCUCCCAGGACCGCUCCUCAGUGCGCUCACCCCUCUGCUCUCCUCUCAAGCGUCAGUCCUCUGUGCACUCUGGUCGGCUGGGCAGCACCAAGAGCCUGUCGGCGGCCGUUUUCACAGAUAAGCCGCCACCGGUGUUGUCUGGAGGCGUGCAGUUCAGCAGCGAGGUUUCCCGCAGUGAUGAGAACGUCUUGGAUUCCCCCCAUCAGCGUAGAAGCUACGGCUCCUUUCCCUUCACGCCAUCAGCAGACUCGAACACCUUCCAUCAGUACCGCUCUGCCGACUCCAGCAUGUCAGUGGCCGACAGCGAGGCCUACUUCUCCGCUGCUGAGGACUUUGAGCCAAUCAGCAGCGCUGACGAGGGACCGGGGACUUACCCAGGACGCAAAAAAAAGAGGAGGCAGCAGAUGCAGCAGCCUCAGCAGCCACCGUAUCACAUGGAGAACUACAGCCGAAGCUCCAUCUACCACAGUGUUGAGGGUCCCCUCACGUACGUUCUCAAUGGGGAGCUGAUCACUGAACCACGUCCUCUGCCGCUGCCUCCUACACUACCUCCACUGCCGCCUCAGCCCCUGCCCAGCCACACAUCUCAGGCCUCCUUUGUCUCAGCCCUGGCAAUGGAGGAGGAGAGCUCAGUGGAGGCAGAAAAGUUGGCGGAACCGGGCCCAGUAACUCGACAGCCUCACGUCAUGGCGUGUUACCAGAACUACCUGGCCCACUACCAGGUCUCAAAUUGGUCUGUCAAACAACCCACCAAUAAAAGAACCUCCAAGUCUUCGCUGCAUCGCCCCCUUGAUCUGGACACGCCUACCAGCGAGGAGAGCUCUGGCUCUUUUGACCAGCUCUCCGUCCCAAGCUUUAAGGUAAUAAAGCACGGCCUCUCAGCCAGCUCCCUGUUAGACAGAGGUGUUCAGCUGAUGGGUGAGAACAACAGUACCCCGUAUACACCCCUGGAUAAGAGGGCCAUGGAGAACACAGAUGAGGACACAACCACAGAUGACUGGUCUCUGGAGCAGCCCCUAGCUCAGACCAGAACCACUGCCAUUGUGGAGGUGAAAGGAGCCAUCAACGUGGUGCUCACACCUCUUGUGGCUGAAUCCCUGGACAGAUACAUCGAGUCCAUGGCCCACUUUGCAAGUAUCCGACACCCAGCAGCGAUUCUGGAUGACCUGCAUGGGAAAGUCCUCAAUGAAGCCUAUCAGAUCAGCAAAUCUACAGUCACUGAGUCUAGCCAAACAGGCAAGCAGGAGCAUAAGCUGUCCAAGACAGAGGGCACGACCCCUGGCUCCCUCAACAUCUCCCAUGGCCAGACAGACCUGUCCGUCAAACCAGAUAAUGUGAAAAUCAAGGGCCUCCAAGCCAACGUGUCCAUCCCCAAGGUGAACCUUUGCCUCCUGCAGGCCUCUGUAGAGGAAGGGUCACCAUCUUGCUCCAGUAAGAGUGUCACACAUGUGUCUCUGGUGGCACUGUGCUUUGACAGGAUUGCCACCCAGUUCAGGAUGAACAGGGGUAUUGUAGAAGAGACUCCCAACACCACAGAGCAUGGCCGACCUUCGGUCAUGUUUGAGAAGUAUGCUUCAGCCACUAAGAUGCAGCCUCAGUCUUCGGGCUCUUUGCGCUCCAACGCCGGCAUCGAGAAAGGCAAAGAGAUUGCUGCAAGACUCAACAUCCACCGAAUCCACAGCCAGCUGCGAGGCCUGGACUCCACAGAUAUUGGCACAUGUGCUAUCACAGCAAUUCCUUUUGAGAAGUCCAAAGUUCUCUUUGGCCUGGAGGAAAUGGAGGAGUUUUCACUGGUGGAUGAAACUGAUGCCCAGGGAACAGCAGGCGAUCUGGGCCGUUCUGCUGCAUCUCUGGAGAAAUGGGGCUGGAUCAUGUUUGAAUGUGGCAUUGAGAAUCUCACAGUCAAAGGGGGCCGUCAGUCAGGAGCUGUUCUUUACAAUGCGUUCGGUGUGAUGGGGCGCUCAGACGCAGGAGGGAAGGCAGGAAUGUCAAAGUCCAACGGUUCAACCGGCUCUCAGACAGGAAGCGGUUAUAGUACUGAUAUGUCUGAUGACAACCUCCCACAUGAUGCUGUCAGUCCAGCCUCUGAUGCUAAUGAGCACUCAGACUCAGACGACCAGGAUGAAGGGGUCGAAUCAGACGACCUGAAGAAAGACCUUCCUCUCAUGCCCCCACCGCCUGACUCCAGCAGCAUGAAACUGACCAUUAGAGAGAUCUGGUUCAGUUUUGCUGCUCCCACCAAUGUGCGGUCCGCCUCACAGGCCAUCUCCAGGCAGUUGAAUCUUCUCAGCACAGCCACACCUGCCAUUGGAGCCUGGUUGGUUCCCAUUGACCAGCUCAAAUCGUCACUUCGGAAACUGGACAUGGAGGGCACGCUGCGUGUUUGUGCAGUCAUGGGCUGCAUCAUGACCGAGGCUCUGGAGAAAAAGAGCAUCCACAUCCCGAUCAGGAGCAAGUACAACCGCGUGACCAAACGAGCCCGCUACCUCCACGAGAACCCCUCCUGCAUGCUUUGUAACAUCCUGCACCGCUACCUGCAACAAGCUGACUACUCUGUCAUAGAGGAGGCUACUAUGAAUGAUGGGGUUCCAGCCCUGGUCACUCUAAAGAAAGGUUUGGUAGCAUUGGCCAGGCAGUGGAUGAAAUUCAUUGUGGUAACUCAGGGUUUCAAGGCUAUUGGCCUGAUGAGGCCCAACCAACUUACCAAACCCAAGGAGCCUCAGCAGAACCAGGGUGACACAAUUUUGGGACUGGACAAUGGAGCUGCUCUGCAGAGUGACACCAGCGCGGAUGGGGCUGAAUUUGAAUUCGAUGCAGCCACAGUGAGUGAACACACGAUGUUGCUGGAGGUAGCAUGCAGCCGCCCCCCACCGAAAGAAGCCAACUCUGGUCCUGUGAGCGGAGUGGAGAUCAUGAGGAAACUUUCCAAGUCACACACACACAACGAGUCUGUGCUCAGAAUAAAGGGCUCGCAUCCCUACCAGUCGCUGAGCUACACCAGCGGUGACACAGCAGCUGACUCACCCGCCCAUGUGAGCCGCGCAGGCCUGCCAGCCAAGGACAGCCCCAGGAAGGAGAGCCUUCUGAGCAACCUGACGGGCAGCUUUCGGAGUUUGCACAAUCUGCUGGAGGGCACGCCCCAGAGGAACGAGCCGUCUGCCGCCACCGCAACCAAGAGCAGCUCACUCACUCGCACAGGCACAGACAUGCUGACUGAGCACCCGCUGCUGUCGGAGCCCUCCUCUGUCAGCUUUUACAACUGGAUGUCCAACGCUGUGAGCAACAGGACAGGGGCUGGAGUCCAGGAGUCUCCGGUCAACCGCUCCCAGCACAACAGUCUACAGACAGGUGGGACGUGUAACCUGCCCACCAUCCCUUCGGCCUCAGACUUCAACACAGUGCUGUCCAGUGACCAGAACACCCUCGACGGGACCCACUCGCAGCAUUCCCAGCACAGCACGAGCCAGGACGACAUGGCCGACAUUGAAGAGGGGAACCAGUGUCCAGCUGCUGUUCAGCUGGCUGAUGCUCAGGUUGUUUUCAAGCCUUUACUGAGCUACACAGGCAUCCAGGCCCAAGAUACCACUCCGCUUAGCUAUAAGAUGUAUUUUGGAGAGCACCUGUCUUUUUCCGGCAACCUCGAGUGCCUCAGAGCAGACAUUGCCGACUCUGAUACCACCAAGGAGCGCAAAAACAAGCGAUCCAGGAGGCAAGGCAUGGUGAACCUGCCUCCCCUUGAGUUCAAGCCAGCGUUGCUGAUUGAGACUUUCAGUGUGAAUGCCGUGGUGAUGGAGAAGUCAACCAGCGCUCCUCAGGGCCCCACCGCAGCCCCGCUCUCCUUCCACGACCUCAACCGCCGCCACUACAAUACAUUCCACUGUGACUUCACUACAGCCUGCCAGGCCAUCAGCCAGCGCGUCGACAUGGCCCUGGUGCGCCUCAUCCAUCAGUUCAGCACCAUGAUCGAUGAUAUCAAGGCCACGCAGACUGACAUCAAGCUGAGCCGCUACACCGCCGGCUCGGCCUCCCCGACACCCACCUUCAAGGCCCGGCCGUAUCGCUACUUCAGGUCAUCGGACUUCAGCCGCAGCUCCCGUGGAAGCCUGAAUGGGGCGGGCCGCAGUGGAACCCAAACUCUAAAGAGCAAGAGAGGAGUGGGUGGAGGGGGAGGAUCAGGAGGGGGAGGUGCAAAUGCUGGUGGUUUACCUCCAAACGGACCUCCAUCAGGCAUGGACACGCUGGGAAGAAGGGAGCCGAGAGGACGCAGCUCCCUCGGACGCUCGGAAAGACGCACCUCCAAGGUGUCACGGAAAGGGUCUCGUGACGUGGCCGACCACAUGGCGAUCCAGAUGGAUGACUCGGACUCCAUCACGGUGUCAGAGCAGAGCGAGCCAUCAGCAGAAUGUUGGCAGAACAUGUACAAGCUGCUCAACUUCUACUCCCUCAUCUCCGAUCCCACUGGCAUCCUGGAGAAAAGCUCCCCCGAGAACUGCCUUUCAGAGACAGGACGUCACACCUCGGAGCCGUUCUGUAAAGUGAUAUUUGAGAAUGAGCAGCAGGAUCCCAACACGCCCAGCAAGCCUCCCGGUGCAGGUGGAAGGCGACGCAGCCUUGUGAGCUCCGAGCCUCAGCACGUCACGCUCAUCGUGUUCGGCAUUGGCAUGGUGAACCGCACACACCUGGAGGCAGACAUCGGCGGGCUGACCAUGGAAGCAGAACUGAAGAAGAUACAUGGAAGUUUCACCCUGAAGGAGAAGAUGAAAGAUAUUCUGCACCAGAAAAUGACAGAGACGUGCGCAUCGGCUCACAUAGGAGGGGUAAACAUCGUUCUGCUGGAGGGGAUAACUCCUGACAUUCAAACGGUGGUCAAAUGCAACAUCGCCAAGUCUCAGGCCUUGUACAGUGCCCAGCGGGGCCUGAAGACCAACAACGCUGCUGUCUUCAAAGUGGGGGCCAUCCUGAUCAACAUUCCCCAACACCCAGCUACGCUGCACAGCAUGAUGGUCCGCAGCUCCCAUCAGCUCUCCAAGCAGAUCUCCGACCUCAUCCGCCAGCCUUCUAAUGCCCAACCUCCUAAUAGGGAGGACACCCCCACCCCACAACCCUCUGACAAAGCAUCCAGCAUCAACCAGACCCCCGUUGAGGCCAACGAGUUCCCUCAGCUUCCCGAAGGCCUGGAGAAGAAGCCCAUUGUCCUCAAGUUUAGCGCCAUGAUGGAUGGCAUCACCAUUGGCGCAGCCCUGCUCCCAUCACUGAAAGCAGAGUACAAGAUGGGCCGCAUGAAGAGCCACGGCAUGACGGGAGCACAAACCAGUUUCACGUUUGAGUUGCCGAACCACAAACUUUGCUUUCAGUCAAAAGUGUCCCCGGUGGACAUGUCCCAGCACACUAUGUCGCCAUCAGCCAGCCUCACGCUGCCGCCGGUUACAAUGUCGGGAGAGUACAUCAUGGAGGAUCACGAUAGUCACUCAGACCAGGGCUGGGUGCAAGACGACUUCCCAGCAAAACAAGGAAACUACCUGCAGGGCAACUACCUGCGAUGUGUAGCUGAGAUUGGCUCUUUUGAGCACAACCUGACCACAGACCUGCUCAACCACCUGGUCUUUCUGCAAAAGGUUUUCAUGAAGGAAGUGAACGAGGUCAUUCAGAAAGUGUCAGGAGGAGAACAACCCAUCCCACUCUGGAAUGAGCAUGACACCUCAACAGAUGCAGACAAGCCCAAAAUCCUGCUUUAUUCUCUCAGCCUCAGGUUCAAGGGAAUCCAGAUGACAGCAACCACUCCCUCCAUGCGAGCCGUGCGCUUUGAGACAGGCCUGAUUGAGCUCGAGCUGUCCAACAGAAUCCAGUGCAAGGCUCACUCUGGAGGCAGCAGCAGUUACCUGAAACUCUUUGGAAAAUGUCAAGUUGACCUCAACCUAGCCCUUGGACAGAUUGUCAAGCACCAGGUGUAUGAAGAAGCUGGCUCAGAUUUCCACCAGGUGGCAUACUUCCAAACUCGGAUUGGUCUGCGGAACGCUCUGCAGGAGGAAAUCAGUGGAUCCACUGACAAAGAGGCCGUUCUCAUCACACUCAACAGGCCAGUUGUUUUCGCUCAGCCCGUGGCAUUCGACAGAGCUGUGCUCUUCUGGCUGAACUACAAAGCAGCAUAUGACAACUGGAAUGAGCAGCGUAUGGCCCUCAACAAGGACAUCCACGUGGCCACAAAAGAAGUGGUGGAUAAGCUGCCAGGCAUUCAACAGACCUCCGCCCAGGCAUUCAGCACCCUCUUUCUCCAACUGACUGUCAAUGACCUGGGUAUUUGCCUGCCAAUUACCAACACAUCUCAGAGAGGACAAGAACCAGUUACGGAGGGCACAAACUCUGAAGCUGGGGCCAGCUCAUCAGCAGGCCAGCAAAGAAAUGCACGAAAAGCCAAUCACAGCAUAGAUUUUGACACGGGCUCUGCACUGGUCCUGACCAUCGAGAGCACACUGAUCACCGCCUGCUCCUCCGAGUCCCUGGUGAGUAAAGGACACUUCAAAAAUUUCUGCAUCCGCUUCGCCGAGGGCUUCGAGACCUCCUGGGACGACUGGAAGCCUGAAGUCCGGGGAGAAAUCGUCAUGAAUGCCUGUGUAGUCCCUGACGGUACAUAUGAAGUGUGUUCCAGGACUACAGGGCAGCCCUCUGCAGAAAGCAGCAGCGCUGGUACCUGGACUCUCAAUGUGCUUUGGAAGAUGUGUGGAAUCGACGUUCACAUGGACCCCAACAUCGGCAAGCGCCUCAACGCUCUGGGUAACACCCUGACGUCCCUGACGGGCGAGGAGGACAUAGACGACAUCGCUGAUCUGAACUCUGUGAACAUGGCAGACCUUUCAGAUGAGGACGAAACCGACUCCAUGUCACCCACCACGCACAUGACUCCAGAGUUCAGCCCUCGGCUGACCUUAAGGAAGCGUCUGGUAAACCACAUCCUGGGCCUCAGCCCCAGGCCUCAGAGUGUAUCUGUCCCCGCCGACUACUUAAACUGCGCAUCUCCUUGCCUACCAGGCAGUGGCAGAACCCAAAGACCCCUCUCCUGGGCUUGUGAGACGGUUGACCCCAGAAGGCCGAUGGCGACGGGAAACCAGAUAAUUGAUGCUCGUGGGAGGAAGUUCACAAAAAGGGUUGUUGACAUCCGAGAACUGAAUGAGCAAGCCAAAGUCAUCGAUGACCUCAAGAAACUGGGGGCCAGCGAAGGGACUAUCAACCAAGAGAUCCAGCGCUAUCAACAGCUGGAGUCUGUGGCCGUCAAAGACAUCAGGAGAGAUGUCAGAAAGAAGCUGCGUCGCUCCAGCAUGAGGGCGGCCUCUCUAAAGGAUAAGUGGGGUCUUGGCUACAAACCAAGCUACAACCGCUCCAAAAGCAUCUCGGCGGCAGCGGGCCGGCCACCUCUAAAAAGGAUGGACAGACAAAGUUCCAGAAUCGGAGAUGUGGAUGCAGAUUUCCCUGAUAUCCGUGUGGACGUGUCCUCUCCGGCACCACGGGUCACCUUCAACAUCCAGGACACGAUUAAUAAUCAGGCUUUGGAGUCUUCACCUGUCAGUCCAGGAGAUAUAUUCAAGUUCCCUGAGGAGUCAGAGGGGGACCUGUCGACAAUCUCCAUUGACGAUUCAUCCCAUCCUCAUCACCUCCAUCCCCUAUCUGUUGUCGACGGUCAUCACUCAGUUUUCAGUGCCCCCGCCACCCCUGCUGUCUUCUCACCCACACUUCCCUUCCAGCAUGACGACAUAAGGCGCGAUGACCUGUCCUCUUCCUCCUCGGAAGACUCGGACAAGGAAGACUUCGAGCAUGACAGACAGCAGAGCUAUCGAAGGCCUGUCCAAACGUCUCAGAGAAAGUCCUCGGGCUUUUCUGCUGUGAGUCAGUUGUUCAGUGAGCGCUGGCCAAGCACUCCUGCCAACCGCAGCUUCAGUGGCCCAACGACGGAAAGAAACAUCGACUUUGAGCUGGAUGUCCGUGUGGAAAUCGACAGCGGGAAGUGCGUCCUUCACCCUACUACUCAACAGCCCGAGCACGAGGAUGUUUCUUUGAGGAGGAGUUGUGAGCGCAGCCUCCGAAACCUGGACCAAGAAUCUCCUCCCAAGAAGAAGAAGCUCCAGCCCAACUACCCCUCAUCCAGCCAUCUCCUAGCUGGAAAGAAAUGUCCCUCCACUCUGCCGACCAAAUCCAAUGACAUGGAGACUACAGUUUUCUACAUUCCAGGAGUGGACGUUAAGUUGCACUACAACUCCAAGACCCUGAAGACGGAGUCACCCAACGCCUCGCGUGGAUCCUCUCUCCCCCGCACUCUCUCCAAAGAGUCGAAGCUGUAUGGUAUGAAAGAUAGCGGCCCUCCAAAUCCUCCCAAUGCUGUCCAAAGCAAGACUAACUCGCUCCUACCUCCCCCGCCCCCACCUAUUCCAUCAGCUAAAGGUAAGAGCAGUGGAGGGGUAAAGACGGCCAAGCUGUAUGCCUGGGUGGCCCUCCAGACCCUGCCAGAGGAGAUGGUGAUCAGCCCCUGCCUGCUGGACUUUCUGGAAAAAGCACUUGAGACAAUUCCUAUCACUCCAGUGGACAGGAACUACACAGCUGUGGCCUCCCAGGAGGAAGACAUGGGUCAGUUUGAUACAGUGGAACAGCUCGAGGAAUCCACCACCUCCCUGGUUUCCUCUUCAACGUCAGCAUACUCCUCCUUCCCCGUGGAUGUGGUUGUCUACGUCAGAGUCCAGCCCUCUCAGAUCCGCUUCAGCUGCCUGCCAAUGUCCAGGGUGGAGUGUAUGCUCAAACUGCCCUCGUUAGACUUGGUCUUCUCCUCUAACCGUGGAGAACUGGAGACCCCGACAGGAGCCCAUGUGACAGACGGGUCACACCAGCCGUCCUCAACUCCACCCGGGCAGCAUAUCCCCAAACCACCUCCCAGCAAAGCAUCUCCAUUGCUGGGGAGCCCUCUGGGCAGAAGCCGUCACAGCAGCAGCCAGUCCGACCUCACCGGGCCCCCGAGUAACUCCUCGGGCCUCAGCUUUACAGCCUGCAUGUCUGACUUCUCCCUCUACGUCUUCCACCCCUAUGGCGCCGGAAAGCAAAAAUCUGCAGUCACGGGGUUGCCUCCGGGGCCAGGGCCGUUAGGUACCGUGGAUGAGGAGUCGACUUCAGUGACAGGAAGGAAAGACUCUCUGAGCAUCAACCUGGAGUUUGUGAAGGUCAGCUUAUCGAGGAUGAGGCGAACAGGAGGCCCCACUUUCAUUGAGAGCUUUAUUCCUCCUAAAGGGGGUAAAAUGGACACCACCCUCAUCAACAUCUCAGCUGUGUGUGACAUCGGCUCAGCUUCCUUCAAGUACGACAUGAGAAGACUGAGCGAGAUCCUGGCCUUCCCGAGAGCCUGGUAUCGUCGAAGUAUCGCCAGACGCCUCUUCCUGGGGGACCAAACCAUCAACCUCCCACCUUCCGGCCCCGCCACUCCCGACUCAGCUGAAAACGUCACCCAUCACCUGUCCCCCGAGUCCAGCCGGAAAGCUUACUGGAGGACGUGGGACGGCAGCACCGGGACGCAGCAUGUGCCCCAGUCCCCCAACGUCUUUUCGGAGCACUCCACCGGAAGCAACAUGUCCCCAGGCAGCCUGGGCCACCUCAAGUCCCCUGCACCUGGUCGCACCAGGAGCGUCUCUGACUCCUCCGCUCCAAGGAGAGAUUCAGUCACAAAAACAUCGACUCCUUCAUUUGGUAAAAAUGUGAAGGCAGCAGGUCAGCAGGGGUCGCCGUGGGAGACGCUGGUGGUUUUUGCCAUCAACCUAAAGCUGCUCACCGUCCAAAUGAACAUGAGCAACGUGAUGGGAAACAAUACCUGGACGACCAGCGGGCUGAAAAGUCAGGGCCGACUUUCUGUCGGAAGCAACCGAGACCGAGAGAUCAGCAUGUCUGUCGGCCUCGGCCGAUCCAAGCUCGACUCCAAGGGCGGGGUAGUGGGUGGCAAUAUAGACGUGAACACCCUGGAGAUGGUCUCCCACAUCUCAGAACAUCCAAACCAGCAGCCCAGCCACAAGAUCCAGAUUACCAUGGGCUCCACGGAGGCGCGAGUGGACUACAUGGGCUCCAGCAUCCUGAUGGGAGUGUUUAGUAAUGCUGACCUGCAGCUGCAGGAUGAAUGGAAGGUCAACCUGUGUACAGUGGACACCAGCCUAUCAGAGAAAAGUGAGAUCUUCAUCCACGGAGACCUGCAGUGGGACAUUUUCCAGGUGAUCAUUUCACGGUCCACCACACCAGACCUCAUCAAGAUCGGCAUGAAGCUGCAGGAGUUUUUCACUCAGCAAUUCGACACCAGCAAGCGGGCCCUCUCCACCUGGGGCCCUGGCCCCUACCUGCCCCCCAAAACCCCCGUCGUCAACACUGACAAAGGAGCUGCAGAGCUUUACAUGGAUGCAGCCCAUCACCGCCACUGGCCCGGGGUGCUGAAGGUAAUCGCCGGCUGCCACAUCUCCCUCUUCCAGACGCCCUUGCCUGAGGAUGCCGUGCAGCUUGGCGGGUCGAUGAGCCUCCAUGGCAAUCACAUGACUCUGGCCUGCUUCCACGGGCCAAACUUCCGCUCCAAGUCGUGGGCCUUGUUCCACCUGGAAGAGCCCAACAUCGCCUUCUGGACAGAGGCACAGAAAAUCUGGGAGGAUGGCUCCAAAGACGACUCUACCUACAUCGUGCAGACACUGGAUUUCCAUCUCGGCCACAACACGAUGGUCACGAAGCCGUGUGGUGCUCUCGAAAGCCCAAUGGCCACCAUAACCAAAAUCACACGACGGCGACAUGAAAACCCUCCACAUGGUGUCGCUACUGUCAAAGAAUGGUUCAACUACGUCACUGCAAUGAGAAAUGAAGAGCUGAACUUGCUCAGGAACGUCGAGGCCAACAACCAAGAGAGCGGAUCGACUGCUAAGAGCUCCAGUCUGCUGAGCAGCUUCCGCAGCACAUCCAGCUACAACCACGAAACAGAGACCAUCUUUGCACUACCCAGAAUGCAGCUGGACUUUAAGUCAAUUCACGUACAAGAUCCGGAUGAGCCUUCUCUAACGGACUCCAGCAGCAAACCCAAAGUGGAGUGCAGCGUGGUGACAGAGUUCACCGACCACAUCUGCGUCACCAUGGACGCUGAGCUCAUCAUGUUCCUGCACGACCUGGUGUCAGCCUAUCUAAAAGAGAAAGAGAAAGCUCUUUUUGCCCCGCGGAUGUUCGCACCUCGGCCCGGCCAGAAGAGCCCCACCGCCCUGCACGAUGAAAGCUCCGCGGAUAAAGACAAGGACGACAGCAUCAACUACACCACGGUGGACUGGAGGGAGUUCAUGUGCAACACGUGGCACCUGGAGCCGACUCUCAGGCUCAUCUCCUGGACGGGUCGGAAAAUCGACCCAGUCGGCGUGGACUACAUCUUACAGAAACUGGGCUUCCACCAUGCCAGGACUACAAUUCCCAAAUGGCUGCAGAGAGGUGUGAUGGACCCACUGGACAAGGUGCUGUCAGUACUCAUCAAGAAGCUGGGCACCGCUCUGCAGGACGAAAAGGAAAAGAGAGGCCGAGACAAAGAAGAACACUGAGGAACUCAGACAGUCAUGCCACUGGAAUCAAAGCUGUGCAAAAUGUUUCAACACUAGUUUUCUGUAUUUAAAAGGCCACUACUUUACGAUGUCCAGCAUUCUGCAUAGUUGUUUACUGUGGUGCUUGCCUCUAGGGGUUCUGACUGAAGCAUUUUGCACUGCUGUUUGUCUUUUUCUGUACAUUUUGAACAAAUUAGCAAAUGCUAGCGUUAUUUGAUUGCUUUAAAGGUAAAACCCUGCCUCUCUUACCUGUUGUAAAUGACCUUACUGAAACUGCUUCAAAGUUUAUUUUAAGGCUUACCAGUCGUUCAUGAGAAAUGAUUUCUUAAACCAUUGCCUUUUUCUCUGUUUCCCAUGGAACACAUGGUAGGUAUGCUUGAUGUAAUUUAUAGCGCAGCUUCGCGAUAUUUAAGAGAAAUUCGGUGACGCGUUCCUCAUUCUUGACACGAACAAAUAAAUCCUGGGAGAUUUUUCUUAAAAUCAUCCCCUCACUUGUGAGGAUGAUAUAAGCUUGUAAUUAUAAUUUGAUCAUUAUUUAUGACUUUGUGAAAUUCAGCGUCUGUAUGAUGUAUUAGCUUGAUGUGUCAAGCUUCUUUUUGUCUUUUUUUUAAUCCACACAUUAGAACCAAUGUAUAUAGUUAAAUUUCUUAAAUGUGUUGAUUUCAUAACUUAAUAAAACUAUUGCCAUGAAGUUUUAAAAGAUAAA